AUUUUAUUGACGGUGCUGAGAUGCAGAGAAAUAGGAGUCAAAACACUAUUUUCAUAAAGACGGAGUCCAUUUUUGACAUUUUGACCCUCACACCACUCUAAAUGGUCUUAGAAAGAAACUAUCACAUGCUCUAAUUGUGCUAUUUUAUUAUCUCCACCAACAUCUCCUUGAGAUGGGAAAAUCUUAAAAAGCGAAAAGAAAAACAAAAAAAAGCCAACUUAACAAGUUUCCAGUGCACAUCGAACCCAUCUCCGAGGAAAGACUAGCCAAAUUCCCCGAGGUUUCUCUCUAGAUGCAGUAAAUGGUGGUGAAGAUGAUGAAGUGGCGUCCAUGGCCGCCGUUAAUUUCCAAAAAAAUCGAUGUGAGGCUUGUCAUUCGGAGACUCGAGAAUCUGCUUGUCAUUCGGAGACUCGAGAAUCUGGGCGUUGGAGAACCGUGGUUGGGUGAAGUUGCCACAUUGUCGGGCGGCGCUUCCGUUGAGAUCGGAUGGAAGGGCCCACCCAAGGCGGCGUUAAGGUCCUUCAGAAGAACAGUGAAGAGGAACUGCACCAAAGAAGCAGGGGUCAAGAAUGGACAAGAUGGCGCCUUUCUUGUGGAGUGGGAUGACGAGUUUCAAAACGUGUGUAAUCUGUCUGGGUUGAGGGAUAACGCGUUUCAUCCUUGGGAGAUCAGCUUCACUGUGUUUUUCAAUGUGAGCUAAUUUUCUUGACCCUGUUUUUUUCUUUUAAAUAAUUACAAAUUUAAAUUACAUGUAUUACUAAUGAAAAUGGUAAAGUUUAUCUACAUCUCUCGGAUUGUUUGUAUAAGAAAUUGCUUCAAAUAGGACUAAAAUAGGCAUAUAGGAGAUUAUGUUUUAUUCCCAAGAUAGGCUUUCAUUGAUCCUAAAGUAUAGAACUUUGUCAAAUAGGUUUGAAUGGGUUCUAUUUUAGAAAAAAACAAUAGUGAUCCUAUUUUUCAUUUUUCCUAUGUUUUAGUUGGAAUUUUCUCUUGUAUGUAUUUGAUCUGCAUCAUCAGUCUCUUUUCGAGUGCUUAUAAAAUGGGAAGCGAGUGCCGUUGUCACUAGUACUUCCACAUUCCAACUUCUAACCUUUUAAUUGUAUAUUUUUAACUGCCUUUUACAACAAGAUUCCGUCACCGUAUUUACACACUAGGAUGAUAUGCACUGCAGCAUAAGCCAGUUGAAACUUGGUAGGUGUGACUAACACUUAUGAGAAUGCACAGAUGAGUAGCAUGGGCUUUUUCGACUUAUUUUGUUCUUAAUGAAGGUUGAACUCGGAUAUCUUGCUUAACCAAAAUAGAGAAACCAUGUAAAUGUGUUCCAUCUAAUGCUUGCUGCUUCUAAUUCUAUAAACAUGUUUCCAUGUUCCAACAUUGAGAGCAUAUUCUUCUGUAAUACUUAGCAUGUUCUUAUUUAUCUGUAUUUAUUGUCCAUGUUCGACCAUCUACCGUUUUUUGAAAAUGUAGCGGGGCUAUACAUUAACUACUUUUUAAAUCAUAUUUUACCUGAAAUGCUCUCAUUGAACACCACUAUCCUAUUUAUGUUCCUCCUAAGAAUGGAGGGAUAAAAUAGAACAAAUAAAAGUGGUUAACUGUGACAGACAAAUAGGAAGAAGGAAGUAGAUUUUAUACCCACAUGGAAUGUCCGGGUUUGCUGAGCCUUGUUUUGGUUGUGAUUUACAAUUCAGGAGUCAAAUCAAGGUUCUAAGAAUAAGCUUCAUACUGUUGGAACAGCAGUCCUAAACCUUUCUGAAUUUGCUGCCAAGACAGAGGAGGGAAAAGAGUUCAACUUGAAGAUCCCACUAGCAAUUUCUGGGAAUGCAUCUGAGGCUCGUCCUAUUCUUUGUAUAUCUCUAAGUGUAUUGGAACUGAUAACUCCACAAGAGCCUACUGAAUUGGUGGAGAAGCCCAUAACAUCACCUCCUCAGCCACCUGGAGAAACACCAUCAUCAUCAUCAGUAGAGAAAGAUGAGCUUUCUGCCCUUAAAGCUGGUCUUAGAAAAGUAAAGAUCCUCACUGAUUACGUGUCCGUGAGGAGAGCAAAAAAACCAUGUCGGGAGGAAGAUAUCAGUGACUGCAGAUCAGAUUACGCAUACCCUUCUAUUGACUCUGAGUCACUUGAUGGGUUCGAGGAAGGGGAAGAAUCAGAUGAAAGAAAGGGACAAGAAGAUUCUCCUGUUAGGAAUUCAUUUAGUUAUGGCACAUUGCCCUAUGCCAAUUAUGCAGUAUCAUCAACACGGAUUGACGGUGAGGACGAGGGUUGGAUUUACUACAGCAAUAGCAGAUCAGACGUUGGGUGGUCGGCGAAUGUGGACUGUUGGAUCUCACAAGCUUCCGAGCCAGUGGUUUUGCAACAACGUGGCAUUAGUAUUCUUCCUUGGAGGAAGAGAAAGGAGAGGUUCAGAUCUCCUAAGGGGGAGCCGUUGUUGAGGAAGGAAUGUUGGGAAGAAGGUGGGGAUGACAUUGACUAUGACCGUCGCCAGCUCAGCUCUGAUGAAUCUGUUUCCUUUGGGUGGCACAGAACAGAGGAAGAAGAAAUAGGUGGACCCCGACCUUCGAUAUCAGGAUUCUGCGAUGACAAUUUUGCUGUUGGAACUUGGGAACAAAAACAAGUAAUGAGUCGGGACGGGCACGCGAUGCUUCAAACCCAAAUCUUCUUUGCUUCAAUUGACCAAAGAAGCGAGCAGGCUUCCGGGGAAAGCGCAUGCACAUCUCUCGUCACAGUUAUUGCUGAUUGGUUGCACACAAACCGUGACCUCAUGCCGGUAAAGUCACAGUUUGACAGCUUGAUCAGAGAGGGCUCUUCUGAAUGGAGGACUCUCUGUCAGGACGAAGAAACCUACCUGGAAAGUUUCCCGGAUAAGCACUUUGACCUUGACACUGUCCUGCGAGCCGCCAAAACCCGUUGCUUUUCUGUCAUUCCAGAAAAAUCAUUUGUCGGUUUUUUCCACCCGGACAUGAUGGACGACAAGGGUAGUUUCGACUUUUUGCAGGGUGCACUGUCUUUCGACAACAUCUGGGACGAGAUUAGUUGCGAUAAUAAAACGUUGGAAACCCAAGUUUAUAUUGUUAGUUGGAAUGACCACUUUUUUGUCUUAAAAGCAGAACCCGAAGCUUAUUACAUAAUUGAUACAUUGGGGGAGCGACUUUGGGAAGGUAAUGUUGAACAACAAACUCCAACCUUUAAUUUACUCGUAUUACUUUUUCUUUAUACUUGCUGUUGCAUUCUAUUACACCCUCAGUCUGCAUUUUUUUCAGAAUCUUAAACAUCACUUAUGUAGGAAAAUAGCAUACCAACAGUGGAAUGGGAUAUACUAUACUUUGACCUAUUAUUCUUUAACCUAUACUAUACUCAGACCUUGCAGUUAUUAUUAUACUCCGUAAUUCUUUAACCUAUUGCGUAUACUAUUGGGAUCGAUUCAUGUUAGUUGACCCCAAAAUCUUUUGGGAAUAAGGCUUAGAUGUUGUUAAACCUAUUACGUAUACUUUGACAGGUUGCAACCAGGCUUACAUACUAAAGUUUGACAAGAACUCAGUUAUCUACAAAGUGCCAAGUGUCAAGUUAGAUGGAGUUUUCGGUCAGGAGGAGCCGCGGAUGGAGAUUGAUCCAAAAGAGAUUAUUUGUGAAGGGAAAGAGACAUGCAAACACUAUAUAAAGGACUUUCUGGCGGCAAUUCCAAUUAGAGAGCUGCAGGAAGACAUCAAUAGAGGUCUAAUGAUAUCAGUGCCACUGCAUCACCGGCUUCAGAUUGAAUUUCACUAUACUGCGCAUUCCCAACAACCGUCUGCCUUUGCUGCCGUGAUGGAAGUGGCAGCCACUGCAACCGCAGCAGUAGUAGAAGCGGCUACCACCACAGCGCCGGCAGGUGUGGAAACUGCAACUGCUGCUGCUGCGUCACAGCUGGUUGAAGUUGCAUUAAAUGAAUUUGUUGCAUGAACUUCUGAAUAUAAUUUUUCAAAGUUUUACGGGCCAAGUUGGGCCCGACUCAAGAAGAAAGAGAGGGAAGUUAUCAGUUUUCCUUUUUGAGGUUUUUUUUUAGGUUUCAUGAGAGGCCACAGAUAAGGUGUGCUGAUAAAGGUUCUUAUGCUGUUAUGCAGCGACCAAGUAUCGAUAGUUCGAUAAAGGCCCUUUUGGUCAUCAGUUUGUGUCUGUAGGGAUUCACAGCCCGAGCUGUAUUUUUUUAGUUGAAGGCACAAGUGUAUAACUGUAUAUCAGUUUCUAACCUCUUCUAUUGGAAUUAUUGUUAACAAAUCUAACAACUGACUUUAAAUCUUUAAUACAUUCCCCUACCAAUC